CGCACCAGAAUCUAGGAUAACGGAAGUUAUUUCUGGUCCAGCAAUGGGGAAUCCGAAAGCUGCACGGCGCCAUUUUUGUGAGCAACGUGCUGCGCAAUGUGCAGGCCUGGUAGUGUCUUGUGUAUGCUGCUGCCUCUGUUACCAUUGGCCAUGGAAAAACAUGUCGUUAGGUGAGAAGGGCUUAGAAGUCGGUCCGGAUGGAAACUCUCAAGAGGAGGUGGUAGGCAAUAGAGCAGUCUACGUCAACCCUGUGACAUCAAGGCUUGUACGAGUCAAGACAUCCGCCAGAGUGCUCGAGCUUUCGGAGAAAAGCUUUGAGACAGGAUUGGGAAAUUUCUCACUCAAACCCACAAUUUGUUACCGAGUUUCUGACGUACGAAAAUGUCUCGAGAAUGUGGAAGAUGCUGACAAGUUUGUGACUUCUUGGGUUCUAAAAGAUGUUGGAUACUUUUUAGCAACUUCAGCAAACGCUCAAAGGGCGGCCACUGGUCUCCAGCGCGACCACUUGCGAUUCUCCAGUCUAGUAAGGACUGAGCACCUCCAAGGAGAACCGGACCCUCGUAUCGCAUCAGUACAGCAACCUGAAUACUUCAGGAGGAUAACAGAUGAUUAUGGUAUCGAGAUUUUAUGGGUCGAAUUUCGAAAUACGAAGCACAAGAUGAAACGGACAUGGGAUGUGCCAGAAACACCUAGGACGGAAUAAACCUCAGCAACUCGCUGUUUGCUAUACGUUAUAUCGGGUUGGGCUUGCAUCCAUCACAACCUAUGAGCCCAUGGGGUCAAAGCACAUGUGGUUAUGAUGCAUUGCCUAUCCCCCUACUACAUGAUCGGACAUAGCCUCGACCAAUCCAAAAGAUAGCACCAGGAGGACUUAGUUUGAUCCUGGCAAGGAACAAUCAUGUAAGUAGGCAGUCAGCUCUAGAGUGGCAAUAAUCAGUGAGUGUGAAAGAAUAGCGUUGCCGUACUCACAGACACUAUUAUCGGGAUGAUCCAAGAUUUAGCUUCGGGAAGAGAGCUGCAUGUUGAAAUCAAAAUUCACGAUAUUCUCAGCUUCCUGUUGAAAACACUCAACUGAUGGCAUAAGACGGCAACUGUAUAAACGGCAGA